AUGGAUAAGCAGCCCGAGGAAGAAGGCGUCCCCGAGCCCGCGGACUCCGCAGGGGCAGGCGAGGCAGGCGAGGCAGGUGGGCCGCCCCAGGUCGCCGGCGCCCAGGAGGCGCGCCCCGAGGACCGCAUGACCCUGCUGCUCAGGUUGAGAGCACAAACAAAACAACAACUCUUAGAAUAUAAAUCGAUGGUUGAUACAAAUGAAGAAAAAACGCCAGAACAAAUCAUGCAAGACAAGGAAAUCGAAGCUAAAAUUGAAGACCUGGAAAAUGAAAUUGAAGAGGUAAAAAUUGCUUUUGAAAUGAAAAAUCUUGCAUUAGACAGGAUGCGGCUUUCAACUGUACUUAAAAAAAACCUGGAGAAAAUUAACAUCAAGACUAGGUAUGAUAUUUUUCCCCAAGAUUUGAACCUCAUUUUGGGAAGUAAAGUCAAUUGGGCAGAGGAUUCGGGAUUUAAGGAAACUGUUCUGCAACUUGAGAAGAAUCUCACCACGCUCUGA